AUGAGGUCUUCCAUGAUAGCCAAGUUCGCUCACCAGGGCGCCCUCCUCAGCCCAAUAAUGUCCUGGUUCGCUCUCGCGCAGGCCGCUGCUCCGGGAAACCCGAGUUUAUGCUGCGCAGCUCUCAAGGCCAGCGAUGUCAGCGAAAGAACCGCGUUUCCCGACUCCGUCGCGUAUGACGAGUUUCUCAAUUCAUACUUUGCAGCAAACGCCCAACUGCAUCCCACCUGCAUUGUGCAGCCGCUCACAGCGCAGGAUGUCUCCAUUACAAUCCAGAGCUUGACCUCCUCGACAGCGGAGCUCGGACCCUGCCUGUUCGCUGUCCGCAGCGGCGGCCAUACCGCCUCGCUGGGCUCGUCCAACAUCGAGUCCAGGGUUACGAUCGAUCUGUCCUUUUUAAACCAGACCGUCUAUGACCCCACCACGGGCCUGGCUUCGAUCCAACCAGGGGCGCGCUGGGAUGCAGUGUACGAGACCCUCCUCCGGGAUAACGUCAUGAUGCCUGGGGGCCGCUCGUCUUCCGUCGGGGUUGGCGGUUUCCUGACAGGCGGCGGGGACUCGUUCUUCGCUGCCCGAGUUGGCCUGAGCUGCGACAAUGUCGUCGGGUACGAGGUGGUCCUAGCAGACGGAUCCAUCAAGACCGUGUCUUCAAAGCCGCAUCAAAGCCCAGACCUUUUCAAGGCGCUCAAGGGCGGGUCGAGUAACCUCGGCAUCGUAACCCUGUUCACCAUGACUGUUUUUCCCGCGGAGGACGUAUGGGGUGGCGCCGUCGUCUACGACACCUCGGUAGCGCCCCAGUACAUUGCUGCCGCGACACGGUUCACCGAGAGCGUCAUCCCAACGGACCCCAAUGCCGCGUGGGUGGGGUUCUUCAGCUAUAAUUCCACGACGCAGCGCGAGGCGAUCUUUUCUUCGCUCGCCUAUACGAGGCCAGUGCCGUGGCCUGCGGCGUUUGAUGGAUUCUUCCGCAUCCCCAACAUCACGCAUACGCUGCGCCGAACAACGAUCCUCGCGAUGACACGGGAGAAUAAUUUCUCGCCCCAAUUCCGCCAUGUCGUCCAAACAGGCACGUACCUCAACCGCGCCGAAAUCCUCAGCAAUGUGCUCGCAAUCCAGUCCGAGCGAAUCAGACUCGCCGCCGUCUCCCACCCACAAAGCACGAGCUAUGUCCUUCAGGCAAUUGUCCAGCCCUGGGUCCCGCGCUUCUGGGCGGACAGCGAGUCGCGCGGCGGGAAUAUACUUGGGCUAGAACGGUACAACAAGGCAAUGCUUAACAUCGCAUGGGAUUACAGCUGGGACAGCUCCGCGGAUGAUAGCUUCUUCUACGAGCUUUCCCAAUCCUCGCGAGAAAUGCUAGACAUCUAUGCGAAAUCAACGGGCAGUUUUAGAGAAUAUAUCUAUCUAAACUAUGCGGAUCGCACGCAGAAUCCACUCGCUGGGUACGGGGAGGAUAAUGUGGAGUUCCUGCGCGGUGUCGCGACCAAGUAUGACCCGCAUGGUGUUUUCCAGCACUUGGUUCCUGGGGGGUUUAAGAUUUCGAGGGCGUGA